GAGACGCUGAUUCUCCCAACCACAGUAGCUAGUCUGCUAGCUAGCUAACUUUAAAGCUUCCAAAGACAUGAACCGCAAAAGAAACCACAGUUUCACUGAAACAAGCCUUUCUCCCGACGCUCAAAACGCAUUCAUGGACACGCCGGGGCCUGCGGUGCGAGCCGACGAUGAUUUCUUGGAAUUCGAGCCCGACGAGGAGAUACUCUGCUCGGUGAGCGACAUCACCGAACACCUUGGAAGAAACAUAAAAGUGGUGCUCGAGACUGCAUUGUCCGAAAUCAGGAAAAUGGUCAGCGUCAGGAUACGGGUUCUGAAAAUUGAGCUUCGGGAGAAAACAGACGAAAUUGAAGUCCUAAAAGCAAGACUGGAGGUACAAAGAGACGGUAGGGACCCGUACCCCGGCGGAAUGACCACCGAGGCAUCAUCUGUAUUCCGAAAAUCUGACUUGUUCCAUUCGGGCAGCAAGCACAACAACGACCCCAAGAAAGCCAAACCAGCCAUGCCUGGCGUAAAGAAAGAAAACAUAAAUGCCAUUUGCGACUAUCUGAUGAAAGAUAAGAAUUCACGGGGUGCUGAAGCGGACAGCGACCCGAGCAAUCCUCCGUCUGGUAGCGACAGGGACAGCCGCCACGAUCCCCAGCCGCACUCCCUCAACCUGUGGCCGGACACCAUCCCUGACGCGGGGCCUGGAGAUGAGGACUCGGACUCGAACACGGAUGACAUAUUCGGCAUGCUACCAUCGGGAAGCAAACGGAUCUACGACUACGAAUGGAUGACGGGGGUGGAGUACACGUCGGAUUUGAAAGGUAAACUUAUCAAUCACUCACUGCACCAAUCAAUCACUGUUAUGUGUAUUGGUCAUGGAGUAGGGGAGAAAUUGGGAAUUGAUAUGCUGGAUGUUAUCCAGUCUUGCACCGUUGCAUGUGUCUAUGUAAAGGCUGUAUAGGCCCACUCUACUUUUCUCUAAAUGGGCAUAAUAAAACCCAAACCAUGUGUUUGUUUAUGCAGGUAUGAGGGAGCCUAAAUGUGAGACAACACCAGAUGAAGAUGAAGAAGAAAAAGAUGAGGAAGAGGGUGAUGAGUCAAAGAAAGAAAGGGAUGGUGGAUUGGAGCAUCCCUCAGUCCCUUUUUCCCAUGACGCCCACACCCCUGACUUUCCCUUAGCCCUCCAGGGCUCUCCAGGAGGGGAGGGUAACGGUUCUAUGGAGGACCAUGUGGAUCGACUAGAACCAGGUGAGAGGAGAGGGAGAAGACCUUUACACGUCACUUCAUGUCAUCAUUCAUUUGUGAUCUGUCAUCUUCAUCUUUCUUUGCACAUGUAACUUUUUUGCUCCAUGCAUUUUGCAAAUAUAUAUAUUUUUUUUAGUUUUUCAGUGUGUUGACAACCUUCUGACCAAUCCUUAUUGCUGCUGCUUUGGCUGCAUGCUUCAAUUCCAUGCUUAGGAACUCUAGCGGACUGAGUGCAAUAACUGUAAUCAUUAAUGUGUCUGUUCACAGGACAGCAGUUUCCCUCCCACACAUACCUCUGCCCACUGUGUGGAACCUUCUGCCCCGACUCCUUGUUCCUGGAGGAACACCUCAAGCUGAUACACGGCAACACCACCGGCACCCACAGCGCCCUGCAGUCCACCUCCACUGCACCCCUCACUCUGGGGGAGGGUAGCAGUAACGCCAAGCAUGGGAGCAUGGGGGCCGGAGCCGGGGGGAUGAGCCUAGCAAGAGGAGGCGGGGGAGGGACGAGGGAGAAGAAAGUGGAAGGGGGCUACGAGUGCGGCGACUGUGGCCGCCAUUUCAACUACCUGGGCAACCUGCGGCAGCACCAGCGCAUCCAUACAGGGGAAAAGCCCUUCAUAUGCCCUGAGUGUGGGGAGAGGUUCCGGCACGCUGCCCGAUUGAAGAGUCACCGGCUGGGGCACAACGGCGGGCAGAGCCCCUUCCCUUGCCCCCAGUGUGGGAAAGGCUUCCCGGUGCUCUCAGGCUUAAAGAGGCACCAGCGGGUGCAUACGGGGGAGAGUCCCUACGCGUGCCAGCAGUGUGGGAGGCGCUUCAAGGAGCUGGGUAACCUCUAUACCCACCAGAGGAUCCAUAGUGGUGCCACGCCCUAUUGCUGCCAGCAAUGUGGGAGGAGCUUCCGUCACCUGGGCACCUACAAGAGCCACCGCUGCACCCCCAUACAGUGA